AUGGAGGCGGUGCAGCCGCAGCCGGCCACCGCCGGGCAAGACCGCCCAGUCAUCAUGGCCAGGGGCGUGCCCUUCUCGUUCGACUCGCUCGACAUGACGCUCCCCCUCGCAAAGCUCUCCAACCGCCUGCACUCGUCCGUCGAAAGGCUCUCGCACUUCGAACUCAGGCUCGACUACCACCUCCCCGUGCUCCUCUCGCCCGAUUGCAGCGAGGAGCGCCGCAUCGCCGCCGCGUACCUCUGCCAUCAGCCCUACCGCGUCGUCAUCGCCAAGCCCGCCUGCCAACCCUUCCGCGAGGUGCUUGUCACCCUCCUGCCCUUCACCACCACGCGAUCCAGCCCAGCGCUCCGACAUGCGCUCGAGAUCUUGCUCUACGGCAGCGACAGGGAGCUCGAGAGCCUCUCGUCCGAGUCGCCCCAGCAGCUGGUCCAGGACCAGUCGUCGGGCGCAGGCCCAUCCUCUGGCAUCUCGAGCCGCAUCGCCGAGCUGGUCAAGAAGGCUACGGUACAGACGCUCUCCAUGGGAGAGCAGAGGAUGCUCGCAUCGAUACUCGGCAGCGCUCAGGCCGAUGCCGCCGACGCUGCCUUUGCGGCUCGCCUGCCUCCAGUCUGGCUCGCCAAGCUCAUCGAGCCCGAGCACCUCGUCCAGACGGGCGCCAACAGCCCGAUGAUUACCUGCGAGAUGGUCGGCCGGCUCUGCCAAGAGGCCAUCAACGCCGACUCGGAAAAGGGUCAUCGCUUCGGACCGGUCUCGGUGCAGCGCUACCUGACCGCGUUGCAGAAUCUGCCGCCCACGCUGCGAAGCUUUGAUCUCGUCACCCGCCUCUUGCGCUCUGAGCGCCCUGCGCCAGCGCCCUCACAGCCCAAGUCGCAGCCGGUUUGCCUCAAAACAACCGUCGCCCACCUGGCACGGCUGUUGGUGCUGGGCGGCUUCCUCUCCAACAGCGUGCGCCAUCUCGAGCGGCGCGAGAGCGACGAGGAGGCUGAGAUCCUGUCGGAAGCGCACGACGGAGGCCUGCCCGAACCGUCGCGGCGCGAGGUCGAGGAGGAGCUCGAGGAGCGCAUGUCGCGCGAGGUGUCGAUCUUCUGCCACUUUAUCCGGAGCUUGAUCAACGCGGCGCUCCUCUACACGCCCGACCUGGGCGUGCUGCGGCGGCAGAUAUCGGGGCACAGGGGGCAGCUGGACGAGGACGGGAUCAAGGCGGUCGAGGAGGAGCUCAAAGAGAUGGAGUCGGAGGUCGAGUCCAACACGCAGGCCAUGCUGGUGGAGCUGCAGCACUUUGCGCUACACUUUGGAAGGUACCGCGACGGCACGCGGCUGUAUGGCGAGCUGACGUCGCUGCAUUGA